GCCACCACCACCGAGGCACUUCCUCGGAAAACAUCCCACCAAUUUUCUCUACCUAGACCAAACUUCCUCUCCUAAAAGGCAGCAAACAGACAGUAUGGAUGUCGUGAAAAGCAGCCUCCAAGCGGCAAAGGAAGCUCUGCCAAAUGAAAUUCCUUCGUUGAAAGAUGGAGUUUCAUUAUUCUCUUUAAAAUCAGAGCUUCUUCUUUCUUACAUUGAAAAGCUAGGCUUCCUAAUGCUUGCGAAGCUCGAUAAUCGUUCUUUGGAAGAGUUUGAACCCGUCGUCGAAAGCUUGGUGCGCACACGAUUGGAAAUGGAAAAGAUUCGGCCGUUCGAAAAUCGAAUGCAAUAUUCUAUCAACAAACUUCUUCAAGCCUCUGAACGCCAGCAGGAGGUGGAACGGUUAAUGGAAAAUGAAAAUGUCAAUGAAGAAGACGAGACUGUUAAGCUUCAAUUCAAGCCCAACCUGGACAACAUUACCGACAGCGAAAACGAGUCUGAGGACGAAGAAGGUGCCUCUGGUGAUAAGAAUGGUGACGGUGUAUAUCGUCCUCCCCGCAUUCACGCCGUUUCCAUGGACAGUGAGAAGAAACAGCGGUAUCGCCCCAACGCUGUUGUUGACGAAUUCGUCUCCAGUGACCUCUCCUCACUUCCCCAAUCAUUACCAAGUGUCGGUGCGAACUUGGAGCGCCGCGGUCGUGUCAUUCAUGCAGAUGAGAAGGACUUGCAACGUAUGCGUGAGCGUACCGAGUACGAAGAAAGCAACUACACACGUUUGCCGAAACUUUCUAAGAAAGAGCUUAAAAAGGUCCGCAAAACGAAGAAGCAAGACUACGGCGGUGAAGACUGGUCCAUUCUCGACCGUAAAUUCCGCGACGAGGGACUCGACUCGCGUCGUCUUGAUUUGUCUAGCCGUGCUAAGAAGCGCUCGGACAUGGAAUCCGAUAUGAGUAACGUCGAUGUCAGCGGCAUGGGCAAGGUUGGUGAUGCAUUCCGUAAACGCAGAAAGACGCUGAAGCGCCGCUAGUUUAUGUGGACGGUGUCAUCGAACAGAGACGUAUUCGCUCGUGUGCGAGUGGCGAACAGUCAAAGUCUUCGUCUGUCAAUAGCUCAAGAAAAGCGAGAGGAUAAAGACUUUCCAAUUUCGACUGUACAUCGCCUCAAGCACUCCUCUAACGGUUUUCCGGUCGCUGGUUUGUUGGGUCUUCAUUUUUGGUUCAUUUUAGUUCUAGUUUGAGUUUGGAAUAUAUAAAAAAAUAAUUUGUAACGUUAACAACAGUAACA